AUAGUUAGCAAAGAAGAAGUGCUUGGCGUCGUCGUGAUUGUCAUGUUCAUGCCUUGAAAAAACUGCUUUGAGGUAAAGGUUGCAUUAAAGAGGGUACUGUAACGCUGAAGACCGAGAAUAAAUCUUUACGGAAUGACGACUCUAGUUUAAGCCGUAUUUGUAUGCGGAGGUGGGACUGCCUGCUAACGCUGAAGUGAUUUCACCAUAGGCUUCUCGAUAUAGCGAUUCGAAGAGCACGAGUGUCUUGACGUCGGAGUAUUUGUUUUGUUUUUAUUCAACACAAUGACACUUACCUGCUACGGAGGAGUGGCCCAAAACAGUUUUACAAGUGUGUUUCUAAAUGAAUAAUAUAGUGAAGCUAAAACUUAGGAGAAUAUUACUGUAUUGGUGGGAGUCUAGAAAAAACAGAAAUUGUCGCACGUGGUCGUCAUGAGUUGCACUUACGGAUUCAGCAGCUCUUAGGCAUUUCUGUCUUUCUCUUUUUCUUUUUUUUUUUUUUUGCCUUUAGGGACUCAUUCCGCGGCCCAAGACAAAUUUUGACACACCGUUUAGAGAAGUGUGUUCACACAUUUCUGUAUCUUAGUGCUAAUUUUGGCUGCGCGGCAUUCGAGCCAACGAAUGAGUUAUCAUCAUCAGCUCACACUGCUUUAACGGCUGGCAAAGACAGCGUACUGAAGCGCCACCGCUCGAUAAAGACCGUGCUCGCAUCUGCGUCGAUUUAGCUAGAACCAGCUUUCCGCAUCUUCUUUCUUCCAAUUUGCCAUCGCCACCUUCGAAAUCGGUAAGCAAAGAUGCACCGCUACUCCGGCGCGGGAACCUCGAGCGGGCACACGACGAAUUCCGCCACUGUCACCCGGCGUACAACGAGCCUGGCCGAAGUUCUGGAGGCGGCUCGGGAAUCCAAGCUCAUCGUUCCUCCCCCCGAGAUAGAACGAGAAGCGCUGGGAGCCCCCGCUACCGCCGAGCGCCACCGGCAGCAGCCGUCUCGAGCUGCGGCCUCCGGGCAGUGCAAGACCGGCUGCGCAGCAGUGGCCGCGGCUGAAGCCCCGGUGGCGCCGAGGUCCAACGGGAACAGCCUCGCGUCCAUUCUCGUGCUGUUCACGGUCAGCGUCGUCACGGCGGGAUUCGUGGCUUGCGCGGUGGCCACGGGUCGCUACAUCACCUCGGGCGGUGUCUACGCCGGCCUGCGCGGAAGGCACAGAGAUCUGAGCGCCGGCCCUUCUAUGGACCUUCAGGUGCCCGCCGCUAAUCCUGUACACGCAGUCCCGCCAGCUACUGCAGAAGAGGAGGAGGCCGAGCAACUGGCCCGACGCCUCAUGAUUCAUCCGGACACUGAGGAAGUGUCGUCUAACGGCGGCCUAGAAGCAGGGCCCGCCACGGAACCUUUCAGAGACGUCGCCGCCGCUGCGGAAGGCAGGACGCCGGCGGCGGCAUCUGGCAGGAAGAGGGCGGUGAGGACCAACCGCCAGCCGGCGCGCGAACCCAAGAUUCAAAAUUGGAACCCGCCUCUUGCAGUCAACAACAAUACGGAAACUCCAGAGCCGCCUACUGCGGCGAAUUGGAGCGCCACGAGCGACCCGAAAUGGAAUCUUACGUUGCACUAAUAACAAGAUUCACACCAGUGGGAGGCACACGACAAUUAACAUGAGUGCGUCUUGCGUUUGGUGUUCUGCUCAUCUUCGCGGCUUUUUGGCACAUAGAAACCAUCGUCCAACCUCGAGGAAAAUUCUCAUGGAGGUUCAUGGAAAUCGUGCACUGCGUGGAAUGAUUCGGUGUGAUUGCUGCAGACCAGGAUGGUAUCAUUUUCUUUCAAGAAUUAAAGGUUACCCUGCUCUUGUUUGAACGUGGCAAA